CUCCCCCACCCUUCUUUUCCCCCCUCAACUACUUCUCAAAAAGCAAACCAAAUAAAUCCCCCUCCACCACACAACCCUUCCCCAAAACCCAAGUGCUAGCCCAAGCCAAAGCAGUCCAAAAACCAAAAUGAAAAAAAAGGAAAGAAAAAACACUAUGGUGGCCUUGCCAGUCAUAGUGUUGGCGAUGCUGCAACUUGUAAGUGGCAUCACCGCCACCUCUACGACUACCGCCGCCUCCGCUGCCACCGCCACCAUCAAUAACUCUUCCUAUCCCACCUUUCAACACUUGCAUGUGAAGGAAACCAUUGCAGGGACUAGAAUAAGGCCUCUUGAAGUAUCCGAGGAUCAUGAAGAAGGUGGAGAGAAGUGGAUGAUGAAGGUAGUUCACAGAGACCAGUUGUCCUUUGGCAACUCCGAUGAUCAUCGACACCGUUUGGAUGGGCGCCUGAAAAGGGAUGCUAAAAGGGUGGCCAGCCUCAUUCGCCGCCUGUCCAGUGGAGGUGGAGGUAGUUAUCGGGUGGACGACUUCGGAACUGAUGUGAUUUCAGGCAUGGAGCAAGGAAGCGGAGAAUAUUUUGUUAGGAUAGGCGUUGGUAGUCCUCCUAGAAGCCAAUACAUGGUUAUUGAUUCAGGCAGUGACAUUGUAUGGGUCCAAUGCCAGCCUUGUACUCAGUGUUACCACCAGUCCGACCCAGUGUUUGACCCUGCUGAUUCAGCGUCUUUCACCGGAGUUUCUUGCAGCUCCUCAGUCUGCGACCGCCUCGAGAAUGCUGGCUGCCAUGCCGGCAGGUGCCGGUAUGAGGUCUCAUAUGGUGAUGGCUCCUACACUAAAGGCACACUUGCACUGGAAACUCUGACAUUCGGACGCACCAUGGUUCGUAGUGUUGCCAUCGGGUGCGGUCAUAGGAACCGGGGCAUGUUCGUUGGGGCGGCCGGUCUACUCGGCCUUGGUGGAGGCUCUAUGUCCUUUGUAGGCCCUGGUGGCCAGACUGGUGGUGCAUUCAGCUACUGUCUUGUGAGUAGGGGUACUGAUUCAUCCGGGUCACUGGUAUUUGGCCGUGAAGCGCUGCCCGCAGGCGGCGCAUGGGUGCCAUUGGUUCGCAACCCUCGGGCCCCAAGCUUCUACUACAUCGGGCUGGAGGGUCUAGGUGUUGGAGGGAUCCGGGUUCCUAUAUCAGAGGAAGUUUUCCGACUAACUGAGCUGGGUGAUGGUGGGGUUGUCAUGGACACAGGCACUGCUGUGACUAGGCUCCCCACACUGGCCUACCAGGCCUUCCGUGAUGCCUUUUUGGCGCAAACCGCCAACCUUCCAAGGGCCACAGGGGUGGCAAUCUUUGAUACAUGCUAUGACCUACUUGGAUUUGUGUCAGUCCGGGUUCCAACAGUGUCAUUCUACUUCUCCGGCGGGCCAAUUCUAACCCUUCCAGCAAGAAACUUCCUGAUCCCAAUGGACGAUGCAGGAACCUUCUGUUUUGCAUUUGCUCCAUCCACUUCGGGGCUUUCCAUAAUAGGGAACAUUCAGCAGGAGGGGAUUCAGAUUUCAUUUGAUGGAGCAAAUGGGUAUGUAGGAUUUGGUCCCAACAUAUGCUAAGUAAAUACAAAAGCUGCAGUUGAAUUUUGCUAGUCCUAGUAACACCAGUAUUCGUAGUAUUAGUAGUAUGAAACGGGUAUGAAUCCAUUGAUAUCAUGUAACUACUGUUUCACUUUGUGUAUUAGACUACAGUUAUGCUUGUAAAACUUCCAAGGGUUGUAAGGUUUUGAGGCCUCGCUCAAGUGGCAAGGGUUCUAGGUUUGAUUUCAUGUCA